CGCCGUUUUUUGUAAGAAUCGGGUGUAGAAAUUUCACUUUUGAAUUUUUGAAUCCUUUGGUGGAAGGAAUCUGAGCUUUUUUUUUUUUUUCUUUCUGAUUGCUGAUAGUAUUUUGGUUUGAAACUUGGCAAACGCUUUCAAACCAUGGAGUACAAUUUCAGUUCGACCCACACUACAGAAUUUCACUUCACAUAUUCACAUGAAAACAAAUAAAAAAAGAUCUGUCCAGAGUUUCUUGUUCCAGGCUGUAUGAAGUGUAUCUAGAAUGCACAAAACACUUGCCCGUGCUGUUCUGCAAUUCUUGGAAGACAACUCAUGGUUUGUAGUUGUUCUAGAAUGCUAAUGACUACGAGGCGCUCUAGAAAGACUUCUCAGAGAUGUUCUAGAGCCCACGACAGACUCGAGCCGUCUUCUCUGAGCCAUUCUACAAUGCAAGAAAUACGACUUGACGUUGUUCUAAGACACUAAAGUCUUUGAGACCCUUUGGAACAUGUGAAGGAGGCUAAAGACUUCUCAGAGACACUCUAGAAUUCACUCUAGAGACGUUUUAAAACACACCAAAGUCUGCUUGAUGUUCUAGAAGGCACAGUUUGACGUCAUUGUGGAAAACACACUGUUUGAAGCAGCCAGGUGAUGCAUUAUCCGAAAUCUCCUUCAUGACCUCAUCCGCAUAUUUUCAAGUCAAACCUCUCCAUCCUGCUUUAUGUCUUUUUGUUUGUUCCGUGAAAUCAACUAACUCGCCCUGUAGAAUAAAAGGUCUAAAAUCAUGCAAACUUUCUGAGACAGAAACAGCUGUGUGAGGACGGGAGUAGACUGUAGUGAAGCCCUGACCUACUCGCUCUUCAGGUUUGUAGGGAGGACAGAGUGCAGUGACGUCUCCGCGUGUGUGUGCGUGUGUACACUCAUUCUUUGAAAUAACAUGGUUUACCAAGGCGAGAUUGAAGGCUUUGGUAUGCUGAACAACUUGAAAAGCUUCCCUGCUCGAACAAUGAUCGCUAUUUAUGUGUGUAUUGUGCUCCUCAGAGCUACGCUCUUUACUGCUCCAGCUGCUCGGGAAUCUCAGUGUGGCGCCCUUACUCCCUGAAGGUGUCGCCUGAUUCGUCAUUGGUUCUCACGUGCCAUGCCGAUGCGCGACUCCUGGCCAUGUGACUCUGCGUCAGGAUCGUCACUCAGCAUGAACAGUGCAAGCAGCUGUGACAGCGUGAUCAGCAUCAACUCUGGCUAUAGUGACGACAGCAUGGAGCAUCUCUCUGCCGAGGAACGGGCAUGCCUCAUGUACUUGGAGGAAACCAUUGAGUCCCUGGUGGAAGAGGACGACAGCGGUGUGUCAAAUGAUGAACCAGACCAUCCGUCUCGCAAAGUGACAAAUAAGAUGAAUCACCUUCACCAAGUUAAUCCAGAGGGGCUGUCUGUUCAUGACAAUCCUAAUACAAUUUUAGGAAAAGACCACAGAUCCCGUAAAUUGCUUGUUCCAACUCCACUAGUUUUGGCCAACGGCAAUUCCAAAUUACUGAAAAAAAAAGAUUUCUCCAGUACUGAACAAAAACCAGCCGUUCUGGUUAACACACCUAAAACUAGUCCAUUCAACUCUCACCAGUCUUCAGCAUUACCGACUUUUGCAGGAGGAACUGCUAUAUCACCUCCAAAUCCUGGUAGACACGAGCCAAAUGCUUACUCGUACAGUGACCUGACUGACGGGCCUCCUCCCUUUAUACCUGAGCCACCAGUAAGACCUGACACUUCAAGUGGUCCUAUAGCAAAAGACCACCCUCCUAAAAGCAAUCUUCAGAAGUCCGGGUCAGAUAAAAAGCCCAAGAGUGUUUCAUCCGAAAUACCAGUGGUACUGCUUCCUCCUCCUUCAGACUUUAUGGAUGAGCCGGUGUUACUUCCACCAGCCAACACGCCAUGUCAAAGUGAAAGCAUGCCAGUUGCCUCUCCAGGUUUUGAUAGACAUAUAGGGACAAACAAGUCUCUACCGUCACUGUCUACAUCUCCAAGGCUUUCUAUAAAUGAUCUAGACAAGUUGCGUAAAAAAGCUUCAAUAAAGAAGACCCCUGAAAUAGCACCAGUAGUUCAAGCAAAAUCUGUCCAUAAUGUCCCAGACCAAGCAAGUUCUCCAAAACUUGGUCCAGAUCCCAGCGCAACUACUGCAGUGGAAUAUGUAGAACCAAAAAGUCCACCCAGUGUGGCACCCAAACCCAAAAAACUGCCUUCCAGCAUCGUCCUAAAAACCCACAAAGAUGCCGCACCUGGUCAUACCCUCGUUUCACCCGGUGACCGUAUGAUGAUCAACCAACAGAAGGUUCACCAAGAAGCUCUGAAAAAACUAGGCUUGCUAAAGCCUAACGAGAUUGACGUAGGCUUCUGCCCCAGUCCACCAAACAAGGCUUCUCCACAAACUUACUUUAACACAAGCACUUCUGUAGCAUCACCUGCAGAACAUACAGGUACCACAGAUUCUGUGCUUGUGCAUGCCGAGCACCAUGCAGUAGUUGAGGCGCAAGGAAAAACAGCUUUUUCAUAUUUACCUGUAAACCCUGAGAAAGGAGAAAAUCUGUUGAUCACAAGGGCGCCAAGUCCAAAACCCUAUGAAAUCAAAUCGGCAUCCAUGGAGCGAUCGGGUGCUGGUCUGAAAAGCUUUACACUCGAGAAUCCUUCACACUUAACAAGCCAGGAAGAGAGUCUGCGGAAUAGCCGAUCUCAACCUGCUUAUGAAGGAAGCUUGAAGGACUUUAGUGUUAACCAGACACCUGCUGAAUCAACCAGAGAGCCAGAGCUGAGGAGAUCUCUGCCCAUCCCUGUUCCCUCACAGCCAAAGGUCGAGCCCCAGAAGCCUCUUCGAUCACACGGCAUCAGCGUGGUCAUCUCCCCGGAGCGAGGCGACGACCGCAAGCAGGCUCUGAGGAGACUGGGACUGGGAAUGAUCAAAGACUAAUCUUCAAAAUGGUUUCCCAGCAGACUACGCAAAAUCUUUUAUUUUCUAAUUAUUACACUGGAAUGGGGAGGCUAUGGUGUAGCACUUACUCUAGACACAGCUUUCCAACGCUGGUCCUGGAGAAGCCCCUAUCCAUCUAAUCAGCAUAUUAACAUCUGUCCUAAGAUGAAGUGGGCGGUGUUUCACUAGAAUAUGCAGGAAAGGGGGUUCUCCAGGAUAAGGGUUAGGAUCUUGUCCUGUAACAUGUAGCUACAAAUGGAUUUUUGUGUAUACUCUGGACCUUUAAGAAAUGUGAUAUAUAAAAACAGUACCAUGGAUAUUCGAGGAAUUCCCGAAUGUUCUGAACAUGCUGGAACUUUUUUUUUUUUACUUUGGUGGAUAAGUGUAAUAUUUAGCAAGUGUAAACCUUAACUGUGGAUAUUGUGAUUCUACUAGUAUACCUGCUGCUAUAUUGUUUGUUUCUAGCUGAAGGAUCUGUUUUGAAAAGUGAAGGAUAAAUACAAAAGGCUUUAUUAAAUUACUUAGUAGUAGGGGUUGAUAUUAGCGGACAAUACAUGCACUUAUAGCUAACGAGUUAUCCUACUGUUACUGUAUUUUUUUUUAAUAGGGAGGCCUUAGUUAUUGAAAAUAAGGGCCUGAGUACAUUUGACACUAAAGCUCAGUAUGAAGCUUCAGAUAUUCAUACUGUUCCUAAAUGUCUCUCUUUCAAACAGCACUUUAUUCUCCAUGUACCUAAAUAGCUAUUAAUCCAUUCUUUAUUAAUAAACUUCUCAUUCUUGA